AUGUGGAGUGGCAGCGCGGGGACAGGCUGGGAAGCGGGCAGUGUAAAAUUUGGAAGGCAGCUUGUACCUGGUUGGAAGAUUUGUCCAAAAUGCACGCAGAUAAUCAACAGAAGUGUGGAUAUUGAUUCUGAAGACUGCCGGAGAAGGAAACCUGAAUCAGAUGGAAGAACUGCUAAAGCUUUGAGGUCAUUACAACUUACAAAUCCAGGAAGGCAAACUGAAUUUGCUCCAGAAACUGGUAAAAGAGAAAAAAGAAGGCUUACAAAAAAUGCAAACACUGGUUCAGACAGACAAGUGAUACCAGUAAAGAGUAAGGUCUAUGAGAGCCAGGGUCUCCUGACUUUGAGUGGGAUGGACUUCUAUGACUGCCUCGAUGAAGAUUGCUUAGGAUGUUUCUAUGCUUGUCCUGCCUGUGGUUCUACCAAGUGUGGAGCUGAAUGCCACUGUGACCGCAAGUGGCUAUAUGAGCAAAUUGAAAUUGAAGGAGGAGAAAUAAUUCAUAAUAAACAUGCUGUAUAAUCUGUGGCAUCAAAC